GUGUGCAAAGCCGCGCGCCGUGUGCAAAUCACGUGUUCGUCCAUUGACUCAGACACUGCGCGGCUCCGUGUGGCUCAGGGCAGGUGCGGGCGGAGGAGUGGUGAGGGGAGGAGGAGUGGAGAGGAGUGGUGAGGGGAGGAGGAGGAGGAGUGGUGAGGGGCGGUGAGGAGAGGAGCGGGAGUGAAGGGAGAGCGGCAGGCGAGGGGCAUGAGCAGUAACGAGUGUUUCAAAUGUGGCCGCACAGGCCACUGGGCCCGUGAGUGUCCCACAGCCGGGGGUACCGGGGGUACCGGGGUUGCCGGGGGACCCGGGGCACCCGGGCCGGGCCCCAUUGGGGGGGGCCGUGGACGUGGGAGGAAUCGUGGCGGGAGAGGAGGCUUCGCUGGCGGACGAGAUAACUGCUACCGCUGUGGAGAGUCGGGCCACCUGGCGAAGGACUGCGAGCUGCAGGAAGAUGCUUGCUACAACUGCGGCAAGAGCGGCCACAUCGCCAAGGACUGCAGCGCUCCGCGCAAGGAGCGCGAGCAGUGCUGCUACAACUGCGGCAAGCCGGGCCACCUGGCACGUGACUGCGAACACGCCGACGAGCACAAGUGCUACACCUGUGGUGGCUUCGGCCACAUCCAGAAGGAGUGCACCAAGGUCAAGUGCUACCGGUGCGGCGAGACUGGCCACGUGGCCAUCAACUGCAGCAAGGCGAGCGAGGUGAACUGCUACCGCUGUGGAGAGGCGGGACACCUGGCGCGGGACUGCUCCAUCGAGGCCACGGCCUGAGAAGAGCAGCCGGGGCCGCCCCUCCCGUCCCGCCCGCCCCCGCCCCCACUCUCUCGCCCCCAACGAGGCGGGGGAAAGAGUUCGGGGGGGAGGGGGGCGCACGCAAGUGUCGCCGCCAGUGGAUAAACCGCGCGGAGGAGGAGGAGGAG